AUGCAGAAGCAACAUCGCCUGAGAAAGUCGAAAGAUUUCGCGGCGGUGCGCCACGAGGGCAAAAGUUGGGCAGACAGAAUGCUAGUGCUUGUUGCGCGACGCACGGAUAGCGAGCGCUGUCGUUUCGGCUUCUCGGUGAGCAAAAGAGUGGGCAACGCUGUUGUGCGCAACCGCGUCAAACGCAGGCUGAAGGAAGUUGCCCGCGUCGAACUGCUGCCGCGCAUAGAAUGUGGCUGGGACUUUGUCGUGAUUGCGCGUAAAGACGCCGCCGAUGCAACUAUCACCACCUAA